AUGAGUAAUAAUCCGAAACCGACAAAAAGGUCAUCAGAGCCUAGUACAUCGCGAGUUGCAAGAAGAAAACGACUAAAUAGUUCGGAAGUGGAAGAAUUUUUACGGGACUCAGACGAAGAUGUUUAUGCAGGGAGUGAUGUAGAUGAUUUAGACUACAUAGCCGACGAAGGUGAUGCAAGUUCAGAAUCUGCAGGAGACGAGGAGGAGGAGGAAAACGUGGAGGCUGUGCCUGAACAACGUUUCGAUGCCUCUAGUGAUCAGACUCCAUCGUCGCCACCGACUGACCUUCAGCAGCCAUCCAGAACAGCAUCUACGACACGUUGGACUACCAAUUCUAGUUCGAUGAGAGAUAUUUCUUUCACGAAGACAAAUGAACUGCUUGUGCCACCGCCAGACAGUCCUAGAGGGUAUGUUGAUUUAUUUCUUACUGAUGACUAUCUACAAAAAAUCGUCGAUUCCAGUAAUAGAAAUGCAGAUAACAUAAGGAAUUCUACGCAGUUUCGCAGGUCUCGUAUUACGAAUUGGAAACCACUAACUAUAGAAGAAUUGAGAAUAUUUAUUGGUUUACUUUAUCACACUGGCACAGCGAAAAUGAACCGCUUGGUUGAUUACUGGAAAUCGCAUCGAUUGUAUAAGUCAGUUUUCUCUGAUUACAUGUCGAGAAACAGGUUCCAACUUAUUUUGCGAUGCCUACAUUUUGUUGAAGAAGGUGACGAUCCUGCCCGCAUGAAUAAAUGCAAAAUGAUAAUAAAUACCUUCAAUGAAACAAUGGACAGGAUUUAUUAUCCCGGUAGAAAUUUGUCUUUGGACGAAUCUAUGGUUUUAUUUCGUGGCCGCCUGAUAUUUCGGCAAUACAUAAAAGGAAAAAGACACAAAUACGGAAUAAAACUUUAUAUAUUGUCAGAACCAAAUGGAACUAUUAUAAGAGUUCAUGUUUUUGCCAGUACAAUGGAUGAAACUUCUGGCCCAGGACACACAGAAAAAAUUGUAGAAAAGUUAUUGCAAAAUAAUUUAGAUUCCGGCCACGCUGUCUUUAUGGACAAUUUCUAUAACAGCUAUAGCUUAGCUACCAAAUUAUUGGACAGGAAUACCUACUGCACUGGCACAUUGAACAAGAAACGCAAAGAUAAUCCAUCAGAAGUGAUUUCCAAAAAACUAAAAAAAGGUGAAAAUAUUUCACGCUAUCGUAACGGUGUUCAUAUAGGAAAAUGGAAGGACAAAAGAGAACUAAAUUAUAUCUCAUCGCAAUUCGCGGAUCAAAUGCAGGAAAUUACCAACAAAUGCGGCAUUGUUGUAUUAAAACCAUUAGCUGUCCUACAAUAUAAUCAAAACAUGUCAGGCGUAGAUCUACAAGAUCAAAUGCUCAGCUAUUACCCCUGUGAAAGAAAAACUCUAAGGUGGUAUGUGAAAAUUUUCAUACAUGGUAUAAUGAUGAGCAUGACAAAUGCUCGACAACUCUACAACAAAUUCUCAGGCAAGCCUAGCUUAUCGUUAUAUGAUUUUAGAGAAAAAGUAAUUGAGUCAUUUUUGCCUGAACGUCAAAUUGAGCCACAAGUGUCGCAGGCGUCGCAGCAAUCUAAAAACCACAGAUUGACUAAAAUAGAGAAAUCUAAAGAGCGUUUUUUCAGUACUGGUAGAAAAGCUACUGUAACAGCUAGAAAGGAUUGUCGAAAUUAUUAUUCGAAUAAAAAAAGGGUAAAUACUACUAUGGAAUGUAAGCAAUGCCCUAAUACCCCCCCGUUUUGUAUUGAUUGUUUUUUUGACCUGCACAAGUUUGCUGGUUUUUCUAAUAAGUAA